AUGCUCAGAAGCCUUAGACCAUUAUCGACAGUGCCGACUCAAGUCGCGACAAGCCGUCUCGCAACCCUCCACCACCAAUUUUCCCCAUUCUCUUCGUCGUCCGCUUCCAAGAUGCCCCUCAUACCUUCGACAAUGUCGAGCAACAAGCCUCGGGUAAUCCUAGGUCUAAUGACCUUUGGCCCACCAGGGACCGAGUCCAAAGGUGGUCGGAUCACGACGUUGGACGAGUACAACAAAUGCCUCGACUACCUGCAACAGCGAGGGUACAAUGAAGUCGACACAGCACGGUCAUACAUCGCCGGGGAACAAGAAGGAUUCACACACCAGGCAAAGUGGCAAGACCGCGGCCUGACCCUCGCGACGAAAUGCUACCCGGUCAAGCCCGGCGACCAUGCGCCCGACAAACUGCGCGCCAGUCUGGAGAAGAGCCUGAAAGAGCUGGGUACGAACUGUGUGGACAUCUUCUACCUGCACGCACCGGACCGGAGUGUGCCGUUCGAAGAGACGCUCGGGGCGUGCAAUGACAUGUUCAAGGAAGGCAAGUUCGUGCAGUUGGGACUGAGCAACUUUGCGGCGUGGGAGGUUGCGGAGGUCUGGAACAUCGCCAAGGAAAGAGGGUGGGUGAAGCCGACGAUCUAUCAGGCCAUGUACAAUGCCAUCACGCGGGAUAUUGAGAAGGAGCUUGUCCCGUGUUGUAGGAAGUACGGCAUUGAUCUGGUCGUAUAUAAUCCGCUCGCUGGCGGCGUGUUCAGCGGCAAGUAUAAAUCGAAAGAAGACGUUCCGCCAGAGGGACGGUUCGCGGAUGUCGCGAAGGCUGGGAAGAUGUACCGAGACAGAUACUUCCACGACACCACGUUCGCCGCGCUACAGCACAUCGAGCCCGUGGUCAAAAAGGCUGGCCUGACACUCCUGGAGACCGCGUUGCGGUGGUGCGUGCACCAUUCCAAGCUCAAGGUGGGGAGCGAGGGCAACGAUGGAAUCAUCAUCGGCGUGAGCAGUUUCGGUCAACUCGAGACCAAUCUGGCCGAUCUGGAGAAGGGCCCCUUGCCGGAAGAGGUGGUCACUGCGCUGGAUGAGGCGUGGGAAAUGUUUGCGUACAAGGGGCCUUCGUACUGGCGGUAA